AUGUUCAAAUUCGCCGUUGUCAUCUUCGCUGUCCUUGCCUGUGCUGCUGCCAAGCCUGGUUUGGUUACUCCAUUGGCUUAUACUACUCCAGCUGCUGUUGUUGCUGCUGCCCCAGCUCCAUUUGUAACCGCCACCAGUAGCCAAUAUGUUGCCCGUAACUACAAUGGUAUUGCCACUGCUCCAGUUGUUGCCCCCGUUGCUACCCCUGUUGUUGCCAAAACUGUCGCUGCUCCCAUUGUUGCCAAGACCUUCGCUGCUCCAGUAGCUGCUGCCUACACCACACCUGUUGCUGGCGCCUACACUGCUCCAGUUGUUGCCAAGUACGCUGCCACCUAUGCCGCUCCAUUCGCUUACUCUGCUCCUUUGACUUAUGCUGCUGCUCCAGCUUCUGUUUUGUUGUAA